UAUUACGGUACUUUUUGUUUUCUUCUUUCCCAAGAUCAAAAUUUCCCGACGAAGAACACACUCUCGACAACUCUUGUGACGGAAUCGAUGGCGAAUUCGCAGACGGUGAUGGCUAUGAUCAGGUUGGCUAGACCACCUUUUCGCAACAACCACGACAAGGUCGCUUUCGCUAUUCACGCUUCUUUCGUCUCUUCCGGUUACAUCCUCACUGCCACCGGGCGGCCUGCCUUCGCCGACGACGCUCUCUCUUCCUCUUCUCAGGAUGAUGUCGGAAUCGACGGGUGGAACGAAUUUGAAGGAGAGUACGCGUUUGUCUAUGCUAAUCCGAAUAAAGGGUCGAAGAAACUUCUGGUUAAGUGUUUGGCGAUUGAUGAUAAACUUGUUGUUGAUGCCAUAGCUGAUGGUGGAGUAGAACCUGCUCAUCUCGAGAUUAAAGUUGAAGAUUAUGCUCAGGAAAGCAACGAGGGGAAUUAUACUUCUCAGUUCAAGAAUUUGGACAAGUUGGUGAAUGAUUUGCAGAGUCAAAUUCUCGAUAAGCUUGAUGGAAAGCUUAAACCUAAGUUCAAACCUGUUUCUUCGAGAACCGAGUCCAGUUCUGUGACAAAUGACGAACCUAGACAUUACGAUGAUAUGCCUAAUCCACCAGGCCCUCAGAUUCACCCCUCAGGAGUUGUGGUUCCUCCAAUACCCGGUAAUGGAGGUUACAGUGAUCUCUUCCCUGGCCCAGGUGCUGGAAUGUACCCUGGCAGGGGUGGUUUUGGGGAUGGAAGCAUGCUUGUAGGACCUGGCGAUCCUCGCUUUUUCCCAUUUGGUGAUGGUUCCGAUCGACCUGGCUUCAUGGGAUCACCACAACCGGGUGUGCCACCGCCUGGUGCUCGUUUUGAUCCUUAUGGCCCACCCGGUGUUCCAGGAUUUGAGCCAGGCCGGUUCACAAGGCAACCUCCAAGAAGGCCAGGAGGCGGGCAUCCAGAUCUCGAGCAUUUCCCCGGGGGUUCAGAUUUUAUAUAGUAAAAUAAAGCCAUCCACGAAGAAACAGAGAAAGUAUGUGCACAAAGUCUGGUAGUAACUAUCAUAUAAGACAAUAGGAUCUACUUGGUUUGCUUUUUGUCAGCUGUUUCUUUUUUUUCCGUUGGUGGUGUUGGUUUAAGUUCCCAGCUGAUUGUUUAUAUCUUAAAUACUAUAUAAAUAAAGUUUCGGUUUAUUUCGCCUUU